AGAUUGGUUGGCCCGAGAGACAGAGAGCUGUCCCUAACUUUCCUCUUCACUUCCUGGAAGGCGCCUUGCCUUCCCAACUUUUUAUAUUAUAAGUUAGGGUUGCACGAUCUCCUCAGUUACUCACCAUCUUGAAGAGAAAUCAACCCUCUAAACUGUCUUUGUAGUUUUGAGAUAGAAACCUACAAUGGCUUCCACAAGCUUCUUUACAGCCUCUGCUUCUUCUACUCCUUCCAUCCCUCAAAGGAUUCAUGAUGUUUUCUUGAGUUUUAGAGGCGUGGACACUCGCUGUAAUUUCACUGAUCACCUCUCCAAAGCUUUGGUUGACAGAGGCAUUCGCACCUUCAGAGACGAUAAACUCAGGAGAGGAGAAGCGAUUGCUCCAGAACUCUCGAAAGCCAUUGAAGAAUCAAGGUCUUCCGUAAUUGUUUUCUCUGAAAACUAUGCUCGUUCGAGAUGGUGUUUGGAUGAGUUGGUAAAGAUCAUGGAGUGCCAGAAAGAUCUGGGACAUGCUGUUUUCCCAAUUUUCUAUCAUGUGGAUCCAUCCCAUGUACGAAAGCAAGAAGGAAGUUUUGGAGCGGCCUUUGCCGGUUAUGAAGCAAACUGGAAGGACAAGGUAGGAAGUUGGAGGACGGCCUUGACGGAAGCAGCCAAUCUUGCUGGAUGGCAUCUACAAGAUGGGUAUGAGACCGACUAUAUUAAGGAAAUAACUAAUAACAUAUUCCAUCGAUUGAAUUGUAAGAGGUUUGAUGUUGGUGCCAAUUUAGUUGGUAUAGAUUCCCGCGUAAAAGAGGUGAGUUUGCUGUUGCAUAUGGAAUCAAGUGAUGUUUGUAUUGUUGGGAUAUAUGGAGUUGGUGGGAUAGGUAAGACAACCAUCGCAAAAUUUAUAUAUAAUAAACUUUCUUGCGAAUUUGAAUAUAUGAGCUUUCUUGAAAAUAUUAGAGGGAUUUCCAAUACCAAAGGUUUAACUCACUUACAAAAUCAACUUCUUGGUGAUAUCCGAGAGGAAGAGCGAAGUCAAAAUAUAAACAUUGUUGACCAGGGAGCAAGUAUGAUAGAGACCAUUCUCUCAUCUAAAAGUGUUUUUAUUGUUCUUGAUGAUGUUGACAAUCGAAAUCAAUUAAAAGCUUUACUUAGGCAUCGUGGAUGGCUUGGAAAAGGAAGUAGAGUCAUCAUAACAACUAGAAAUAAGCAUUUGUUAAUUGAACAAGAAGUGGAUGACUUGUAUGAGGUUAAGGGAUUGAAUACUGAAGAAGCUUGUGAACUUUUCAGUUUGCAUGCCUUUAAACAAAAUCUUCCCAAAUCAGAUUUUAUAAACCUCUCAUAUCGUAUGGUGUACUAUUGUCAAGGCCUUCCAUUAGCUUUGGAAGUUCUAGGUUCUCUCUUAUUCAACAUGACAAUACCUCAAUGGGAAAGUCAAUUGCAUAAAUUGGCUAAAGAACCUAUGGCUGAAAUUCACAAUGUGCUUAAAAGUAGCUAUGAUGGAUUAGAUCGUACAGAAAAAGAUAUUCUCCUUGAUGUUGCAUGUUUUCUUAAAGGUGAAAAAAGAGAUUCUGUGUUAAGAAUAUUAGACGCUUGUGCAGGAAUUGGAAUACAAAAUUUGAAAGACAAGUGUCUUAUAACUCUCCCAUACAACCAUAAGAUAGAUAUGCAUGAUUUGAUACAACAGAUGUGUUGGGAAAUUGUUCGUGAAAAUUUUCCUAAAGAGCCGAACAAAUGGAGCAGAUUAUGGGAUUCCCAUGAUAUUGAACGUGCACUUACAACAUCUGAGGGAAUAAAAGGAGUUGAAACAAUAGACUUGGACUUGUCUAAGUUAAAAAGAGUACACUUCAAUUCAAAUGUUUUCUCAAAGAUGACUAGCCUUCGAUUGCUCAGAGUUCAUUCAUAUGUCAAUAUAUUUCUUGGUUGUUAUGAUGAGAUGAAGGAGGAGGAGGAGGUAGAUCCUUAUUAUGAAAAAAUAAUUGAUUCUGCAAAGAAAACUGCUUCGAAAGUGCAACUUGACCUAGAUUUUGAAAUUCCCUCUAAUGAGUUAAGGUAUCUUUGUUGGGAUGGGUAUCCUUUAGAUUCUUUACCAUCAAAUUUUGAUGGAGAGAACCUUGUUGAACUUCACUUGAAGUGUAGCAACAUAAAACAACUAUGGCAAGGGAAUAAGUAUCUUGAAAGUUUAAAGGUCAUUGAUCUAAGUUACUCAACGAAGCUCGUUCAAAUGCCAGAAUUCUCAAGCCUGUCAAAUUUGGAGAGACUAAUUCUUAAAGGUUGUGUAAGCUUGAUCGAUAUUCACCCAUCUCUUGGAGUUCUCAAGAAGCUUACUACCUUAAAUUUGAGGUUGUGUCAUAAGCUUAAGGGUUUGCCAAGUAGCAUUAGCAACUUGGAAUCUCUUGAAUUGCUUGAUCUCUCUAAGUGUUCAAGAUUUGGCAAGUUCUCAGAAAUUCAAGGAAAUAUGAGAUGUCCGUGGGAACCAUAUUUGAAGGAGAUUGCUAUUAAAGAACAUCCAACAAGCAUUGAAAACUCAAGAUCUUUUUGGGAUCUUGAUCCUUGUGGACACUCAAACUUGGAGAAAUUUCCGGGGAUCCAAGGAAAUAUGAGAAGUUUACGGCUUCUAUAUUUGAGCAAGACUGCUAUUAAAGAACUUCCAGGUAGCAUUGACUUAGAAUCUGUUGAGAGUCUUGAUCUCUCUUAUUGUUCUAAGUUUAAGAAAUUUCCAGAGAAUGGAGCAAACAUGAAAAGUUUACGGGAGCUUGAUUUAACCCAUACUGCUAUUAAAGAACUCCCAAUAGGUAUUUCCAACUGGGAAUCUCUUCGAACUCUUGAUCUUUCUAAAUGCUCAAAGUUUGAGAAAUUUCCGGCCAUCCAAGGAAAUAUGAGAAAUUUAAAGGAGCUUCUUUUAAACAAUACUGCUAUCAAGUGUUUUCCUGAUAGCAUUGGAUACUUGAAAUCUUUAGAGAUUCUUAAUGUCUCUGAUUGCUCAAAGUUUGAAAAUUUUCCGGAGAAGGGAGGGAACAUGAAAAAUUUGAAGCAGCUUCUUUUAAAAAAUACUCCAAUUAAGGAUCUGCCAGAUGGCAUAGGAGAAUUGGAAUCUCUUGAGAUUCUUGAUCUCUCUGAUUGCUCAAAGUUUGAGAAAUUUCCGGAGAAGGGAGGGAACAUGAAAAGUUUAGGCAUGCUUUAUUUAACAAAUACUGCUAUUAAGGAUUUGCCGAAUAGCAUUGGAUCCUUGGAAUCUCUUGUGGAGCUUGAUCUCUCAAAUUGCUCAAAGUUUGAGAAAUUUCCAGAGAAGGGAGGGAACAUGAAAAGUUUAGUGGUACUUCGUUUAAUGAAUACUGCUAUAAAGGAUCUGCCGGAUAGCAUUGGAUCCUUGGAAUCUCUUGUGGAGCUUGAUCUCUCAAAUUGCUCAAAGUUUGAGAAAUUUCCGGAGAAGGGAGGGAACAUGAAAAGUUUAGUGGUGCUUCGUUUAAUGAAUACUGCUAUUAAGGAUCUGCCGGAUAGCAUUGGAUCCUUGGAAUCUCUUGUGGAGCUUGAUCUCUCUAAUUGCUCAAAGUUUGAGAAAUUUCCGGAGAAGGGGGGAAACAUGAAAAGUUUAGGCAUGCUUUAUUUAACAAAUACUGCUAUUAAGGAUCUGCCGGAUAGCAUUGGAUCCUUGGAAUCUCUUGUUGAGCUUGAUCUCUCAAAUUGCUCAAAGUUUGAGAAAUUUCCGGAGAAAGGAGGGAACAUGAAAAGUCUAGUGGUGCUGCGUUUAAUGAAUACUGCUAUUAAGGAUCUGCCGGAUAGCAUUGGAUCCUUGGAAUCUCUUGUGGAGCUUGAUCUCUCAAAUUGCUCAAAGUUUGAGAAAUUUCCGGAGAAGGGAGGGAACAUGAAAAGAUUAGGCGUGCUUUAUUUAACAAAUACUGCUAUUAAGGAUCUGCCGGAUAGCAUUGGAUCCUUGGAUCUUGUGGAUCUUGAUCUCUCAAAUUGCUCACAGUUUGAGAAAUUUCCGGAGUUGAAGAGAAGCAUGUUAGAACUGCGCACACUUAAUCUAAGACGGACUGCCAUUAAAGAGUUGCCCUCCUCAAUAGAUAAUGUCAGUGGGCUUUGGGACUUAGAUAUAUCGGAAUGCAAAAACUUGAGGAGUCUUCCCGACGAUAUUUCUAGGUUGGAAUUUCUUGAAAGUCUAAUCCUCGGUGGCUGCUCAAACCUGUGGGAAGGAUUAAUAAGUAAUCAGCUUCGCAAUCUGGGAAAGCUUAAUACCAGUCAAUGGAAAAUGGCUGAAAAGACUUUGGAGCUUCCUUCAAGUCUAGAACGAAUAGACGCACACCAUUGCACAAGCAAGGAAGAUUUAUCAAGUCUCCUCUGGCUUUGUCACCUCAACUGGUUGAAAUCUGCAACAGAGGAGUUGAAAUGCUGGAAACUCAGUGCUGUUAUUCCAGAAAGUAGUGGAAUUCCGGAGUGGAUAAGGUAUGAUAAUUUGGGAAGUGAACUAACAACAGAGCUUCCAACGAAUUGGUAUGAAGAUCCUGACUUGCUAGGAUUUGUUGUAUCAUGUGUUUAUCAGCCUAUUCCUACAUCUCAUGAUCCUAGAAUAUCUUAUCACUUUAGUUCUGCUUUCAGUUGUGAAUUGAAUUUACAUGGUAAUGGAUUUGGAUUCAAGGAUGAACGCCGGUUUGGAUGCCGGUGUGAGUGCCAGGGUAAUUUUAAUGAUAUGAUAGAUCAAGUAUGGGUCUGGUGGUAUCCUAAGACUGCUAUUCCGAAAGAGCAUCUCCAUAAUUCCACACAUAUUAAUGCUUCAUUUAAGAGUAACACUUAUUACUGUGACGCUGUAAACGUAAAAAAAUGCGGCAUCAAUCUUAUAUUUGCGGGAGAUCAACAAAAUCAUAUGCCCAUGUUGGAGCAUCCUCAGAACUCUGGUGACAAUGGAUCAGCAUUACAAGAUACCAAUGGUAAUGUUCAUGGGGCUAAUCAAGAUGAUGAACACUACCAUAUUCCCAUGUUCUUGGAUCUUGAUGGGAAUUUUGGUGGCAAUGGAUCAGUAGUACUUGAAGACACUGUUGGAAACCGAAAGAGAAGACGUGAUGAUUCCUUACCCGUUGUAGUGGAGGAGCCACAUUAUAAAAGAUUGGGAGCACCCAACACUGAUCUCUCGCAUUGAACUCCAUCACCAGGUGCAUUAUCAACCCUUUUUCAUAGAUUCCAACUUCUCACCUUCUUAAAUUGUUUUUAAAGUUAAUAAACUAUUUUUGUCCGUUUCUUCAAACUCAUUUCACUUAUUUUCCUCCAUUAUAUAAAAAUUAAAUGAUUUAAAAAUACAUAAAUUUCUAUUCAAUUUUAAUUAAAUUUUAUUUUCUUUCAUAUUUUCUAUAGGAAAACCAAGUAUAAAAAAAUCAUUUUCCCUAGUGUAUUUUUAUUUCCUAACUACUCUCUAAGAUUCAAACAUAGUUUAUAGUGAUUGAUAUCAUGGCUAUGCAUGUACUACAUUUCAUAGAAUUUCUUCAUUUUCAAAAAAUAUGAAAAACAACUUAACUAACUUUGAAAAUCAUCAUUAGUUUAAAAACAUGUAUAGUUUUUUUUUCCAUUAUUUAUUUAUUUAAUUAGUUACAUAAAACCUCUACAAAGUGAUUAUGAAGCUCUAGGGAUUCUUCAUUACCUCAUUAGACAUAACAUUAAUUAAUUAAUUAAUUUUUUCUACUUGCUUUUAAGAUAAAAUUUGAAUAAGUUAUCAAAAUUAAUUAGAGAAGAACAUGUAAACAAAUUAGAAGUUAAAUUUGAAUGUAUUAUGAGGUAGAUAUAUGUAGAAAUUUAGUCGAUAGAAGUAAAUAGUAAAACUCCCAUAUAUUGAUUUUAAUAGUUUUAAGAGUCAAAUUGUUUAUACUUUUUGUAUUUAAGAAUUAAAUUUCUUUAAGUAUGCGAAAAACUUAUUGUCAAUUUCUAGAGAUGAAAGUCUUGGAUUUAUAUUAUAUUUACUUAUAAUUCUGAUAUGCUUAUGAAGUUCACCUAACAAUUGAUUAUACUAAUCUUAAGUGAAAUUUGUGAUAGUACCGAUCAGAACAAAAUCGAAUGCGCUAGCUAUAGGUGGAGUUUAUGGUUUUUCCUAUCAACUUAUUGGUAAGUCAUUUUGUUCAUUUACCCUUUUAGCACGAGUAGAAAAUUGAUUAAAGUUCUUCAACUUUUUAACUAUUUUCUCUUUACCUUGAACCCUUUUUUGUUCAAUUAUGUUUGGUUUUUGGAAAACUUGAGGGAUAAUAUAAGGGAAAGAAAA